GGGUUUUCCGCCGAGAAUCAUUGUCUUAAUUUUUCCAUCUACUUACGUGCAUUUGUUCACGAGUUGCUCAUAGUUGUUCGUUCGUUAUCAUUUCCUUCUUUAGUCCUCGUACUUCUUACUUUCCACCAAAACCAAAGGAAAAACAGUAUUGGAGAUUUUCAACGUCGCAAAUGGAGAUGAAAAUUGUUCGACUUUAACCAGUGAUGUAUUUCUCGCUGUCUGAGAGGUUACUGUAUGCAUGGUUUUCUCGAACUUACUCACAGUAAAAUCAUCUUGAAAAAAUUCCAUGCCGGAAUUACUUGCUGAAUUUUGUAUUUCAAGGUUUGCUCAUUUGUGCGUGAAAGGCAAUGCUUCCUGCUCAAGGUCUGAGCUUUCUUCUGCCAGUUGCGCUGCUUUUUUUCCAAGUUCGAGCGUUGAAGACAACAGCAUCGACGAUACAGGCUUGGCCCGUCACCCCACGGCUCUGUCACCUGGAGGAGCCCCAUUUCGACUACAAAAAACAGAGACUCUAUUUCGCCGAUCAGUACGGCAAGAGAGCCUGCUCUUACGAUCUCCUGUCAGGUGUCACAGCCUGUACAUCGUUAGAUCAGACGGUUGGAGCUUUUGCUCCGGUGAAGAAUACAAGGGACCAAUUUCUAGCCGUGCUCGGUCCCUACUUAGUUCUCCUCUUUUGGGACGGAGUCUCAGCCCAGUCGACUUACGUCAUUUUGGCCAGACCCGAGUCAGAGUCCAAGUAUCCUGGCAACUUCUUCAACGAUGGCAAGACCGAUGUUGAGGGUCGGCUCUGGGUCGGCACGGAGGGUCCAGCCUUGGAGUCCGGUCCGGCAGGAAGAGUGCCCAAUCGAGGGAAUUUUUAUAGCUACUCCACGGAAAUUUGCGGUUUGAAGAGAGAAAUUAGCAACGUCACCCUCUCGAACGGAUUGGCGUGGAACAAGAACAACACGAUACUCUACUACAUCGAUAGUGGCACCUUUAAAGUGACUAAACUCAAGUAUGACAGAAGGACCGGAGUUAUUAGCAAUCCCGAGACGGUUUUUGACUUUAAAGCGAACAAGAUUCCCGGGCUCCUCCCUCAUGGCAUGACAAUUGACACGGAGGACAACCUGUACGUCGCAAUGUACGGUGGAUAUCGGAUCAUAAAAAUAGACCCCACGCGAGGGGUUGUGCUGCUGACCAUCAAUCUGCCUAUCGCGCUUGUGACGGACAUGAGGUGGGGCGGUUGGGACCUGGACAUUCUCUUCGUGACGUCAUCCAGGAUGGGGCUCAACGAGACUGAACUGGAGGAGCAGCCGUGGGCAGGGCGUGUGAUCGCUAUGACUGGCCUCAACGCCACCGGGUGCAUCUCCCACGAGGCAGUCAUCUGUCUCCCGGGACGACCGGACGACACAGAUGUCUGUAGCGCCCCAAGUUAAGUCUACCUCACCGAUGGAGCAUAAGGACGUAUUUCUGCCGAACGGAAUUAUACAGGGCGUCUCAGGAUUAAGUACGAAUAUUGACGGAGUCGAUUCUUGGGGUCAAAAAAAGACGUUAUCGUGGUAUAACGAUUCUGCCAAGAACAGUUUCCCUGGGGGCCGCGGCGCGGCGCACAGUGCGGCACCCUUAUGGACGAUGCGGACAAAAAUCGGCAGAAGACACUUAACUUUGAAUAAUGAAUGUAAUAGCACCGACAUAGGAAAACCCUUUGGCACUAUCAAAGUAAAACACUCGAGGAAUAAGAAAAUUUUAUACCUCAGGUUUUUUUGCGUAUUUUUCAAGAAAAGUUCAUUCGAAGUUGGCAACCUCGAAUUAGCUCUGUGUUAACAAUGUAAACGCAACGUGAAACAUCCAAACUUUAACUUCAAAUAUCUCCGAUAGUCGCAGAUCUUUUUCGUAUAAUUGAAGUUGGAUAUAUGAGGAUUAAGAAAAUGUCAACCACCCAGAGCAUUUUGCGUUUCAAGCGAGAAAUCUCCAUUUGAAGUUGACGUCUUUUUCCCGUGUAUUUCUUACGGACCAGUGAUUCCCGACCUAUUUCCUGCCCACUUUCUACCCACAUUUGAGGUAGUUUUGAGCGGAAUAUUUGAAAAUGAACCAUCAUAGUGAGUCAGAAAUAUCUUUUAAGAUGACAAAUUCCGAAAAAAAUAUUCAGAUGUCGAGUUGUGAAUUUUUGAUUUUUGUCCACAGAGGGCCGCACUGUGCGGCGGCGCGGCCAAUUGUGGUACCGGUGCCAGGUCCACGUCAUUUCGCGGGGAAAACAGAGCCAUGAAAUUCCAACCAAUUUCAAAUAAGAGUUUAAAACUUUUUUUUUUACUCUAAUUGAAACAUUUUUGGAAUUUCUUGGCUUUGUUUUCCCCGCGAAAUGGCUUGGACCCAGCACCAUUUCUCCACCUCUUUACAUACAGUUCGGGCCAUUUUUUUUUAGUACGUUUCUUUCUUGUAUGUAUUAAACUUGACUUUGUUUACAUUUGAUACUCCAUGAGAAAUUAACAAUUAAUAAAAUAUUGUUAUCAUAUUAUUA